UUCUCUCUGAUUACACAUUCUUUUAUGGGCCUGGCCACUGUCAGUCUUUACUUUGGUCAAAUAUUAACUAAAUAUCCGUUAGAAAAAAAUUGAGUGAGAAAAUGAGUUUCUUUAGCAAAGUGUUUGGUGGCAAGAAAGAGGCAGCCGCUCCUUCCACAGCUGAGGCAAUUCAAAAGCUACGUGAGACAGAAGAUAUGUUGAUAAAGAAGCAAGAAUUUCUUGAAAGCAAAAUAGACAAUGAAAUGUUAGUAGCGAAGAAAAACGCGUCAAAAAAUAAGCGAGCUGCUAUCCAAGCGCUAAAAAGAAAGAAGCGAUAUGAGAAACAGUUGCAGCAAAUUGAUGGUACACUAUCUACGAUUGAAAUGCAAAGAGAAGCAUUAGAAAGUGCUAAUACAAAUACUGCUGUUCUUACCACCAUGAAGAAUGCUGCAGAUGCAAUGAAAGCUGCGCAUCAGCACAUGGAUGUUGAUCAAGUGCACGAUAUGAUGGAUGACAUAGCAGAGCAACAAGAUGUUGCAAGAGAAAUCUCUGACGCUAUAUCUAAUCCAGUAGCAUUCGGCCAGGAUGCGGAUGAGGAUGAGUUAGAGAAAGAAUUAGAGGAGCUUCAGCAAGAACAGCUCGAUAAGGAAUUACUCGGUAUCGACACCACAACAGAAGAAUUGCCAGCAGUGCCGACUUCAGUUCCUGUUGUACCGAGCAAAACUCGUACAAAAACUAAACCAGAAGAAGAUGACGAUCUUAAAGAAUUGGAGGCGUGGGCAUCGUAAAAUGUUCUUAGAUGUGACGAAUUAAAAGCUACAUUUUUAAAUAAAUGUAAAAAAUUGUAUAUUAUUACAUAUAUGCAUAAUAUUACUAUAUCAUAUUGUGUGCAGUAAAUCAAUUAAAUGAAAAUCAAUAAUUUUGUAACAUAAUGAGGUUACAUAAGCUGGUGAUAGAUUUUUUCUUAAGCAUUGGCAAUUUUGGACAACGGUAUUUAAAAUUAUGCACACUAAUUAAGCUUGUUAGUAGAUAAAUAACGUUGCUUUACGCUAUGUUAAAUAUUGAUCAAACGACAUCCAGAUCUAACUGUAAACAGUAUAGUAUAUUUUAUAUUUACAGUAUAUGUAAAUAUAUAUAUGUAGGAGGUAUCAUUUAUUACAUAUAAGUGUA